GAGGCGUUCAAAUUUUUUUUUUGUUUCUAUAGUUUACCGUGAUAGGCGUUCAUAUUUGCCUCCCACCACCUCCCACCACCUCACGUUCUCCAUCCAUGUCCCAAGCACCUGCAUCAACACGUCGAGUCACGCGCCACUCCUCACGAGUUUCUGAUGUUGGCAUCUCCUCACUCGCCACCCCGUCCACCGCCCACUCUUUCGUUGGUAUCACACCCAGCCCUUCUGCAACGAUCGCCCAAUUGUUGCGUCGAAACGCCGAGUUAGAAGCCCAGAACACCUUACUCCAAGUGCGAGAGCAAACCGCAAAUGCGCACGCGGUUUAUAUGGCUCAACAAGCGGCGGUGUACAAGUAUCGGCUGAAUCACCAGGCGAAGAAGCAGGAUGGUGAAGACCGUCGUAUCCACACUCAAUCCAGAGUCAUAACCUCGGUAGAAGGAAGGGAGGAGGCGGCUCAGGAGAAGCAGAGAAAGCAACGGGACAAAGUGGACAGCGAAAAAAAGGGGAAGGAGAAGGAGAAGGAGGACAUUUUGAGGCGAGGGAAGCAGAAGGAGACCCAGGAUUGCUUCACUGGCGCACUCACGACGAAUAAUAAAAGUCAACUCGAAGAUAUCUGUGCGGCACUCGAGAUACCUUACGACGGAACUGUUAAGGUACUUCAGAUCCGACUCAAGGCCCAUUUCGAUGCGAACCCCGAAUUGAAGCAACAUGAACGGUACAAGGGACUUUUUUCUCGUGGCAACAAACGAGCUACUCGUUCAUUCGAGCUUGAUGAAAACGGCGCCUCUGCUUCUGGUCUGUCCUCAGUACAGCCCCCUUCGAAUCGACCCCGCCUUGAGACCUAAACCAAUUCUCAUUACCAUCACCCGCCCCCACCUUGUUCUUACUCUCCAUAUUCCCCUCCUCUUCCUGUACCAUACACUUCCCCCUUCUAUGCUUACCCACCUUCGUGGCCCUCCUCCAGUGUUAUACCUUAGACCACCCUCUAGAACCAGAUAGGUCUUAAAAAUGUAAUAUACUUUCUACAGUAAUAUUGCUGUAGAAGGAACGGUGUCGACAGAGGGAGACGAUGGGGGGGAAAGACAGAAAGGCUCCUCUAUUCGUACGUAUCUGGUACUAAAUAAGGAAAUACGGAAUAUAAAAUACAUCUAUCUCGGGAUGGACGGCGAUGUCGGAGCGACCGCAGC